AUGGCCGACGUGGAAAUGGAUUUACAGAGUAAGCGACCGAAUAACGGGCAGAAGACAGGACUGAAAGAGCUUGAGUUUCUAAAGAAGCUGAAUGAUGCAGAUCCGGAUGAUAAAUUUCACUGUUUGCGUCUCUUCAGACACUUCUAUCACAAACAGCAUCUCUGUUUGGUCUUUGAACCUCUCAGUAUGAAUCUGCGGGAAGUUCUGAAGAAGUAUGGCAAAGAUGUGGGUCUGCAUAUCAAAGCAGUGCGUUCCUACAGUCAACAGCUCUUUCUAGCUCUGAAACUUCUGAAACGCUGCAACAUCCUCCAUGCGGACAUCAAACCAGACAACAUACUGGUGAAUGAGUCAAAGACUAUACUUAAACUCUGUGAUUUUGGCUCUGCAUCUCAUGUCGCUGACAAUGAAAUCACUCCUUACCUAGUAAGCAGAUUCUAUAGGGCACCCGAAAUUGUUAUUGGAAAACCAUAUGAUUAUGGUAUUGAUAUGUGGUCAGUCGGCUGUACCUUGUAUGAGCUAUACACAGGAAAAAUUCUCUUCCCUGGCUCCUCCAACAACCACAUGCUGAAACUGGCCAUGGAUGUGAAAGGCAAGAUGCCAAACAAGAUGAUUCGGAAAGGAAUGUUUAAAGACCAACAUUUUGACCAGAACUUGAAUUUCCUGUACAUAGAAGUAGACAAAGUGACAGAAAGGGAGAAGGUAACCGUCAUGAGCACCAUUAACCCCACUAAAGACCUUCUCGCAGACAUGGUCGGAGGUCAGAGGUUACCUGAGGAUCAAAGGAAGAAAGUCAUCCAGCUGAAGGAUCUGUUGGAUGGGACUCUGAUGCUGGACCCUGCUAAACGCAUUAGCAUCAACCAAGCUCUGCAGCAUCCUUUCAUUCAGGAGAAGAUAUGACACGUUUUACAUAUUGACCAUCUUUUGUUCCAGGACCGAGACAAGACUCCAGCUCAUCAUUUUCAAAACCAGAAGACUCGAUUUUCUAUUUUUAUUCUUGUUUUUGUUUUUUUCUACUGAUUUUUGUUUUGUUUUGCCCAGCAAUUUUUGAUUCAGAUCUCUCAGAAUGAUCUUGUUUUUAUUACACAUAUGCACACACUCACUGACAUACACUGAGAGGGGCACGGUUAGUGCUAAUUGGAAUUAGUCUUAUUUAACUUCAGAAAUGUACGGAAAUUUAGUCGAGUUGUUUAGAAUACAUCAGAAUGGUAUUUAAAGACCAAUUAUAUUUGCGAUUUUCAAUGAUGAUACAAAUGUGUCCCAUUUGGUGACCAAUUAAACCAGUGGCUUUAGUUUAGAUUCUUUCGUCUUAUCGAAGAACAUUGACUCAAUUAGAACUUCAACCUCCUCCUUUGAAAACAAUGUAAAGUGGUUUAUUGCAUACAGCUGUUUUGAUUUUGCUGCUGUUGUACAUUUACUUCAAUAAAUUUUCUUGUCCAUUUUA